UGUUUCCGGGGAAACAGACAUUGCCGGUAGUGGGAUAUUUAUUGGUUCGAAGCUGCCUUCUAGUCGGGUGGCGUGGGUCCGGGAAGCAAGGCAUGAAGAUCACCAGGCAGAAACAUGCCAAGAAGCAUCUUGGCUUCUUCCGCAAUAAUUUUGGAGUCCGCGAGCCAUACCAGAUACUGCUGGACGGCACUUUCUGUCAGGCGGCGCUACGGGGCCGCAUCCAGCUGCGAGAGCAGUUGCCCCGCUACCUCAUGGCGGAGACUCAGCUGUGCACCACCAGAUGUGUGUUAAAAGAGUUGGAAACAUUGGGAAAGGACUUAUAUGGGGCAAAGCUGAUUGCCCAAAAAUGCCAGGUUCGAAAUUGUGCCCAUUUCAAGAAUGCAGUGAGUGGAUCAGAAUGUCUGCUUUCCAUGGUGGAAGAUGGAAAUCCUCACCAUUAUUUCCUGGCAACACAGGAUCAGAAUUUGUCUAUGAAAGUAAAGAAAAAGCCUGGAAUUCCUCUCAUGUUUAUUAUUCAGAACACUAUAGUCUUGGACAAACCUUCUCCCAAAACGAUUGCAUUUGUUAAAGCAGUAGAGUCUGGUCAGCUUGUCUCAGUGCAUGAGAAACAGAGUAUCAAGCAACUCAAAGAGGAACAGGGUUUAGUAAAAGACCCAGAACAGAGAAGAAGAAAAAAGCGCAAGAAAGUAAGUGGCCCCAAUCCUCUUAGCUGUUUGAAGAAAAAGAAAAAAACACAGGAUACGAACUCAUCUGCCUCGGAAAAGAAAAGGAAAAGAAAAAGAAUCCGAAACAGAUCUACCUCAAAAGUACUUUCUGAAAAGCAGAAUGCAGAAGGGUAAUAAGUCCUUUGGUUACUUUUAAAGACUUUCAAAUAUGAAAAUAAAUUUCUUUUAGAAACUGAAAGUACUUAUUUUUAUAAAUGAAUAUUGAGCCUUUAUAAAAUUAUUUUUUAAAAACCAGUGGAUGUAUUUAGAUGUAAUCAUGUUUACUUUUCUUACAGACCUUAGAGGGUUUUUUUUUUUUUUAAUGUAAAACUGUUAAUCUUUUUCUGUCUUAGUGCUAUCCCCCACCCUCCAACAUUAUGUGGAGAUGGUUUAAAAAUAUCUUAUAGUACCAAAAUGCUUGUGACUAAAAAAGAGGUAAUCCUUCUCAUCCUUCUUUCAUGUUCACAGAAGAAACUUACUCUUGCAACUUAUAUAGUGGUUGUAGAGUUUACCUUUAUGUUUCCAAAUAAUAUGAAUAUGUUGCUAUCUUUUGAUCUGCUGAUUAUUUAUUAACUUUCUACUGGAAAGAGUGAAAAUUUUGCUUAUUUUACUUCACCAUUUUUCUAAUAUAUUAAUAUUUUAGUAUUUUUACAUCCCAAAUUCAGUAUUUUCAUUAUGAAGCCUAUCAAAUUAAUUUACUACUGAACCAAGUAGCAUGCUGUGGUUGACUUUAUUUCUUAUAUUACUUUUUUUGUUGUUUCAGAAGUUAAUAAUGGGCUCAUUUUCUUCUAGCAUCUGACUUGAUCUUGCCAUAUUCAGUAAUUCUGGAAAGGAGCUCAUAAUUUUCUAUAUGAUUGUUGUUGUUCAGUUGCUAAGUCAUGUCUGACUCUUUGCAACCCCAUGGACUGCAGUACACCAGGCUCUUCUGCCCUUCACUAUGUCCUGGAAUUUGCUCAAAUUGGUGUCCAUUGAGUCCGUGAUGCUAUCUGAUCAUCUCACACUCUGCCUCCCCCUCCUUUUGCCUUUGAUCUUUCCCAGCGUCAGGGUCUUUUCCAGUGAAUUGGCUCUUCUCAUCAGGUGGCCAAAGUAUUGGAGCUUCAACUUCAGCAUCAGUCCUUCCAAUGAAUAUUCAGAGUUGAUUUCCUUUAGGAUUGACUGGUUUGAUCUCCUUGCAGUCCAACAGACUCUGAAGAGUCUUUUCCGGCACCAUGAUUAGAAAGUAUCUUUUAAAAAAAUAUAUAAAUGUAUUUAUUUAAGUUAGAGGCUAAGUACAGUAUUGUAUUGGUUUUGCCAUACAUAAACAUGAAUCCGCCAUGGGUGUAGUUCUUUGGUGCUCAGCUUCUUUAUGGUCCAACUCUAAUGUGUAUAUAUGACUACUGGAAAAACCAUAAUAUCAGGUAAUGUCUUUCCCCUGGUGAUACUUCUGGAGCCAGCUCUCUGACCUCCCAUGUGGAAACAUUUUCUGCCAGGUAUAUUCCUCAGUUAUUACCUAGGUAUUUCUUGUCCCUAUCCAGAGAAUAUAUUCUGUAGCCUAGAUUCUUCCUUCUUGGUUUCCUCUUCUGUGGUGGAGCAUAGAGUGUGCAGGAGGUACAUUUUUUGAGGCUCAGCCAGUGUGUCUAAACUUACAUUUAGUGUACCAAUAAUCUAGCAAGAUAAAGAAUUCUCUAUUCUUAAUUGUUUAUAAGACCCUAGGGGGGAAAAUCCCUUUACUCAUUCUGAGUUCCAUUUGUCCAGUGGAGAGGAUGAUUUUCUUUCAGGUAUACAUGUUAACUUCAAUGGCAAGAAUUCUCUUCCACUCUUGGAAUAAUACUCUCUCAGAUUGGCUUUAAAUAUUGUUUUUAAAAUGUCUAAAUAGUUCAAUUAGGAAUUGAAUAAUCUAACUUUUCUUUUUUAGGCCCCUCCCAAAUUGUUUCAGUCAUCAAUCAGGCAAAAAUUUAAAUGUUUUUUACACUGUAAGAUUGAAGUAUAAAGUUCUUACAUUGAUCAGUAGUUCCUGACUUUGAGAGCCUGUGAUACCUUCAAAUAGUGGUUCUAAUCUGUAUCCUUAUAAUAUGAUCAUGUAUGAAGUACUUCAUGAAUAAGCUCUUAUUUAUGGCUAAAAUAAAUGAGUUUUAAAAAAUA